AUGUCACAACCGCCAGUUCCAGUACAGCAGGACAAACCUCCCUCCUAUCUGGCUCAGACCAAAGGGCUCAUGUCACAACCGCCAGUUCGAGCACAGCAGGACAAACCUCCCUCCUAUCUGGCUCAGACCAAAGGGCUCAUGUCACAACCGCCAGUUCGAGCACAGCAGGAAAAACCUCCCUCCUAUCUGGCUCAGACCAAAGGGCUCAUGUCACAACCGCCAGUUCGAGCACAGCAGGACAAACCUCCCUCCUAUCUGGCUCAGACCAAAGGGCUCAUGUCACAACCGCCAGUUCGAGCACAGCAGGACAAACCUCCCUCCUAUCUGGCUCAGACCAAAGGGCUCAUGUCACAACCGCCAGUUCGAGCACAGCAGGAAAAACCUCCCUCCUAUCUGGCUCAGACCAAAGGGCUCAUGUCACAACCGCCAGUUCGAGCACAGCAGGACAAACCUCCCUCCUAUCUGGCUCAGACCAAAGGGCUCAUGUCACAACCGCCAGUUCGAGCAAAGCAGGGCAAACGCUUAGUCUAG